CCCAGCAACAAGUAAAUGCUUGAACAUUUGUCGCCGACUCGAAAGUCGGAACGACGGCACUCGGCAGCAGUCGGACGUCAGUACCUUCCGUGUGAUGAUUUGGUCAGCCUCAUCGGCAUUUCUGGUAUAGCUUUAGUAGAUUAUCGCCGGUUCCUAUUCGCAAGUCGAGACUUUAGGAUGAAUUUGCCGUCGCCGCCGGCCUGGUACCGCUUCACGAUUCUCGUCUACUUUUUCGUGUCUUUCAAUUGUUACAAUCCGAUUAACACCGGUGCGGUCUCGCUGACCCAGUCGAUGAUAGACAAUACGCUAGCGACAAAUGAGCUAGUUUUUAUUAACUUUUACGCCGACUGGUGUCGGUUCAGCAACAUGCUCGCUCCGAUAUUCGAUGAGGCUGCUGACAAAGUAACUGCAGAUUUCCCCGGCCCUGGACAAGUCGUGAUGGGGAAAGUGGACUGUGAUAAAGAAGGUGCCCUGGCGUCGCGGUUUCAUAUAACAAAGUACCCGACGCUAAAGAUUUUCAGAAAUGGCCAACCUGCAAAGAGAGAGUACAGGGGCAAACGGUCCGUCGAAGCGUUUCAAGAGUUUGUUAAACAACAGUUAACAGACCCGAUUAAAGAGUUUAAAGACUUGUCUGAACUGAAGACAUUAGACACGAAAAAGAGGAUCAUAAUAGGGUUUUUUGAGAAAAAGGACUGUCCUGAGUAUAACACCUUCAGAAGAGUGGCGUCCAACUUGAAAGACGAUUGCCAAUUUCAUGUUGGGUUUGGGGAAACUGUUCGAGCAAUGCACCCUCCAGGUCAGCCAAUCAUCGUUUUUCGCCCAGAUGUAGCGUUAUCUAAUGAAAAAGAUGAAACGUAUAAAGGAUCACUUCUUAAUUAUGAUGAAGUUAACAUUUGGGUUGGGGAAAGAUGUAUACCGCUCGUUAGAGAGAUAACAUUUGAAAAUGCCGAAGAGCUUACCGAAGAAGGCCUUCCAUUCCUCAUUCUUUUCCACCGAGUGGGAACCGAUGAAGAAGUCGUCAAACGAUUCAAGGAUAUUGUUUCUUCAGAAUUAGUCAGUGAAAUACCAAAUAUCACAUUUUUAACGGCCGACGGAUUGAAAUUCGCCCACCCCCUGCAUCAUCUCGGAAAGUCUCAAAGCGACCUUCCUCUAAUAGCUAUAGACAGCUUCAGGCACAUGUACUUGUUUCCUGACAUCAACGAUAUGGAAAAGCCAGGUAGCUUGAAAUCGUUCAUCCGGGAUCUGUACUCCGGUAAACUUCACAGAGAGUACCACUACGGACCCGACCCGAAUUCCGUCAAGGUGGACGAAGCGCCGACUCUUCCACCGGAGUCUACAUUCAAGAAAUUGGGGCCGUCUAAGAACCGAUACACGCUCCUCAGAGACGAGCUGUAAUCACACGAUUCAAGCCAAGCAAUCAUCUCAAAACUUUGCAAUUACACUAGUCGAGAAAAAGUGUAUGUAAAUAUGUAUCAGUUACAAUACGACUUUGUCCAGUUCAGCGUCUAAACUUAAAACAUGAAGAACAUCCCGCUAUUUAAAACAUUAUAGACGAGUGGCUUUUGGACAAUUUAAAAUAUAAAAAUUGUGCAUCUAGGAUCAUUUGUAAUUUAUUUUAUAUGUUCUUCAAUCAAUGCAACUUUCCAUUCCAUGUAAAUAAAGAUUUAUUAUAAUUUUUAUUUUGUCAAAUUUAAUUGAGAUUUUUAGGUGGUUUCUUUUCUCUUUUGUUUUAAUCUGUGUUAAAUAUGACAUUUACAUUAUUCAAAUGUCAUUGUAAAACAUGCAUAAAUAAAGGUGCUUGAUGUGUUUGGCAAUCUUACAUUUUUGUACAUUAAAUAUUUGUUAAAUAACA